GUAUUAUGUGAUGGAAAAAUCGAUUGUUAUACGAAAGCAGACGAAAUAUUUGAAUUCUGUAAAACUAAACGAUGCAAUACAACUCAAUUCCAUUGUGCUAGUGGAGCUUGCAUACCACAAUCCUUAAAAUGUAAUACAGUACGGGAUUGUUUUGAUGGUUCUGAUGAAGCUGAUUGUGAAAAUAUGGACACAGAUAAGUGUCCAGAAUAUUGGCCUGUUCGAUGUUUAUCCGGAGAAUGCAUCAGGCAAGAUCAAUUAUGCGAUGGGAUUAAAGAUUGUAUUGAUAGCUCUGACGAAAUUUACACCGCCUGCCAAGCAACCAGUAAAUGCGAAGAUGAUGAAUUUCGAUGUGAUUAUGGAGCUUGUGUUGAUUUGGACUCAGUAUGUAAUGGAAAACCAGAUUGUGUUGAUUACUCCGAUGAAUUGUUACCAAAAUGCAACACUGUUAUAAACGUAACUGAAGAAAUGAUUUGUGGCAAAAACACUUUCAAAUGUAACAGCGGUUUAUGUAUAAAACGAGAAAAAAUGUGUGAUGGUAUCAGGGAUUGUGAUGAUGGAUCUGAUGAAACUUAUCGCCAAUGCCAUGAUUUCAAGUGUAAUACAACAAAACGAUGCACAUAUGGCGCAUGUAGUGAAUCAAAUUGUGUUAAUAGUUAUUUCGCUGAUGAUAUCAGCAAAACAGAGCCAGAGGAUAUAACAGAUUUUCCAGAUAUAUAUCGCCCCAAUAUACCAUGUGAAUAUCCGAAUCCACCCGAAAAUGGUAAAGUGAUAGCAAUUUCACCAAUUACAGGAUUGAUUUCACAACCAUCUGGCAUAGCUCCCAUGUAUACUAAAUUGAAAUUCACAUGUGAUGAAGGCUAUACAUUAAAAGGUGCAAAAUCAGUUUUCUGCGAUGAUGACGGAUAUUGGACAACAGCAUUCCCAGAAUGUUUAAAAACUUGCCAACCAUUAGAGUCUGAAAAGCAUGAAAUUGAAUGUUCUUAUAAAGAUCAGAAAAUUAAUUGUAACGAAAGUUUUGAAGGCACCAUUGCAGAAGUUAAGUGUAAACAUACUUUUGAAUUAAAAAAUUUUGUACUUCUACCAUAUAACGCAAUAGAGUGCCGAAAUGGAAAAUGGUCGAAAAAGUUAUUUGAUUGUAAUCCAGUAUGUGGUACAUUAGGAUCAACGGCACAGCCUUUAGUAAUUAAGGGAUGGACUGCGCCAAAACGAGGAUUCCCUUGGCAUGUUGGAAUUUAUAAACUAGAAUAUUCAAUGUACAACCAAAUAUGUGGUGGAACAUUAAUAUCAAUAAGAGCCGUUUUGACAGCUGCACACUGUUUUUAUUUUGAAAAUACACCGUUAGUGGAUCCUACAAAAUAUGCUGUUGCUGUUGGCAAAUUUUACCGAUCAUGGAAAAAUCCUAAAGAUAAUUAUGCCCAAUACAAACAGCUUAAAGAAAUCAUUAUACAUGAAAAAUUUCGAGCAGAACAAGGCAGUUACGAAAAUGACAUAGCGAUUUUAAUAUUAAAAAAUUCCGUUCAAUUAUCGUCACAAGUACGUCCAAUCUGUGUUGAUUUGGGUGAUAAUUCUAAUAAUAUAUAUUCUAGUCUUUUGAAAAGAGGUAAACUUGGAACAAUUGCUGGAUGGGGUUUAACCGAAGAAUUUGGCGCUCCUGCUGAAGAGUUAAAAGCUGUGAAUAUGCCUUAUGUUGAAUAUGAAACUUGUAUAAAUCAUUUACCAAAAGAAUUUUUACGGUUCAUUACAAACGAUAAAAUUUGUGCAGGAAACAGGAAUGGCUCAAAUCUUUGUAAUGGAGAUAGUGGCGGAGGCUAUGUAUUUAAGAAAAGCAAAAAAUAUUUCUUAGCUGGGAUUGUAAGUGUUUCUCCAGCAAAAAACCAUUCAUCAAGACAAACGACCUGUGACUCACGUCAAUAUCAUGCUUUUACAAGUUUUCCCGAGCAUUUGAAGUUUAUACGUAAACAUAAACAAAUUUUUUUAGGUAACUAUUAGAGCUGAAUCCAUGAUAUAGACUUAGAAAAAGCUGUGAUGUCAGUUUUUCGCUAGCUAUC